GAGGAGGAAGACGAAGAGGAGAUGGUGAGCUGGGCCAGUGUGAGGAUGCAGGGAGACAACAGGAAGCAGCAGAGCGCAGCUGAGGAGGAGCCGGAGGUGUUCGGUCACCUGCUGAAGAGACCAUCAGAAACGUUUUUUGACAACCACCAUCCGGCCCUGAAAUCCCCCAUCCUGGUCACUGGCCCUCGUCUGGCUGCAGAAGACACCUUCAGCCGCCACUUCGAGAGCAUCAUGGAGUCUCACCGCGCCAAAGGGACGUCGUACAACAGCCUAGACAGCGAGGAGCUGCUCACCUCCAGCACCCAAACAGUCCUGACUUUUGACCUUCCCACACUUACUCCUGCCAUCCACGCUCCAGUUUGUCAGAGCGCCCGGCAGAUCGUACAGCUCAGCUUCGCCCCACUGGCGCACGACGAGAGGCCGAGUCUGUCUGAUUCUAUCUUUACCGUGACAGGGGACUCGGACGCCACCAGGGCGCCCUCCAGUGAGAGGCUGAGCAGCGGAUCGGACGACACGCCGCACAGAGGUCAAGAUGGCGCACAGCUGGGGAGCAGCUGGUACAGCAAUCUAACUUUCACAUUACCAAGCAGGGACAAGGCCCGUCUGGCGACAGAUUCAGAGCUGGAUCAGGACCUCACUGACCGGCUGGGUCUGGGCAGCAGCGAAACGCUCACCAACGGAAGCAACCGGGCGGACGUGGCCGCUGCCAAACGCUUAGCCAAACGUCUCUUCAACUUGGACGGGUUCAGGAAGUCUGAUGUGGCACGACACCUCAGCAAAAACAACGACUUCAGCCGUAUGGUAGCAGAGGAGUAUCUGAGUUUCUUUAACUUCACGAGCCUCGGUCUGGACCAAGCACUGAGGACCUUCCUCAAACAGUUUGCUCUGAUGGGGGAGACUCAGGAGAGAGAGCGGGUGCUGUCACACUUCUCUAAGCGUUAUUUUGACUGCAACCCGAGAGUCAUACCAUCAGAGGAUGCUGUCCACACUCUCACCUGUGCUCUCAUGCUGCUGAACACAGAUCUACAUGGUCAGAACAUUGGCAAGAGGAUGUCAUGCACACAGUUCAUCUGCAACCUGGAAGGACUGAACGACGGCCAAGAUUUUCACAAAGAUCUGCUCAAAGCGCUGUACAACUCAAUCAAGAAUCAAAAGCUGCAAUGGACGCUGGACGAGGAGGAGCUACGGAAGUCCUUCUCCGAGCUCGGGGACAGCCUGUGCGACUCCAACACCUCCAGAUCCAUGAAGCGGGUGGGCAGCAGCGGGAAGCCCCUGGACAGGACGGAGCCUUCAGGAACGCUGCUGUACAAGAACGGGUUUCUGGUCCGCAAAGUCCACGCCGACUCUGACGGGAAGAGAACACCGCGAGGGAAGCGAGGCUGGAAAACCUUCUACGCCAUCCUAAAAGGGCUCAUUCUCUACCUGCAGAAAGGGGAGUAUAGGCCUGAUAAACAGCUCUCUGACGAGGACUUGAAGAACGCCGUUUCCAUCCAUCACUCUCUGGCCAUGAAGGCUUCAGACUACAGCAAGAGACCCAACGUGUUCUACCUGAGGACCGCUGACUGGAGGGUUUACCUCUUCCAGGCACCGAACGCCGAGCAGAUGCAGUCCUGGAUCACACGGAUCAACACAGUGGCUGCCAUGUUUUCGUCUCCUCCUUUCCCGGCAGCCAUUGGAUCCCAGAAGAAGUUCAGCCGGCCGCUGCUGCCAGGAACGAUGUCCAAGCAGACCGAGGAGGAACAGGUCAGAUCUCAUGAAGCUCGCUUCAGAGCUCUCUCCACCGAGCUCGCCGAGCUGCGCUCUUACCCUCCUGACCGCAAAGUGAAAGGUCGUGAGCUGGAAGAGUACCGCCAGAGAGACGAGUAUCUGGAGUUUGAGAAAACACGGUACGGGACCUACGUGAUGCUGCUGCGAGCUAAAAUACGGAGCGGCGAGGAGGACCUGUCUGUGUUCGAGUCCCAGCUGCUGGAGGACAGCAGUCUGCAGAGAGCUCACUCCAGCCCCACGCUGCAGGACAGCAGCCAGGCCAGCCAGGUGAGCCAGGUCAGCAGCUCACGAGACGGAGGCACCAGCAGCAAAGCCAGCGCCUGCAGCAGCAGCAAACCCCGACAGGAGGGCCAGAGACACAGCUACAGACAGGCCGUGAAGAAGUGAGGCGGGGCGGGGGCGCCGGGAGCGGCACAGCGUUGCACUGCCAGCGGCGGGCUGUCUCCCUGCAUCGGUUUUUAUUUGAGAUCCAGGAGGGUUUGGAGCUCUGCUUGAAGGGGGAGCUGGAGUGAGGGUGCAACCCCACGCCCUCCCCCGACCACGACGCCCCACCCGGCACCCCAAUCUUCUCGGCUACAGAGGAGGGCUGGGAAACAGCAGCCAGGAUGUUGGUGCAGGAGGUGGGAGGUCACAGAUGUGCAGAGACAAGGUGUCUUUGGUGCAGCAGCAGACUGACCUGCAGCGAGACAAAGAUAAAGACGGUGCUCACAGACUGAACAGCAGACAGGAACAAACACCCAGCAUCCUUUACUUUUCUCCCUUUUGUUCUCUCAAAGCACCUCUCCAGUCGAACUCGUUCUCCCACCUUUAUCUUGACUUUUCUCUCCGUUUUGGGACCAAACAUUUUCAACCAUCACAUUUUAGACGACUGAUUGUUGGAUUUCAGUUGGUUUAAAGUCUGACUUUGAGGCAUCACCAGGUCUUACGGAGCCAUUACAUUCCAGCUCCUUUUUUUGCCACAUCCCGUGGUGCAUUCACAUUCCACACAGGAGCAGGACGUCACAGCUUUAAGCUCACUGAAGGUGGUACAAAGACUGAGCACCACAUAUGAUGAUGCGGGUGUGGCUGCAGAGUACGGCGUGAUGCGAGGGUGCAGCUCGUCUCUCCUCUUCUUAGAUCGCUGAUGGCCAAUUAGAGGCAAAAGCAUCAGUGGAAGUUGCUCCUGGUGUGCAGCGAUUAAACUGCAUCUUAUUAAGAGUUUUUUUUUUUUUUGCUCUACUUGAACAGGCAAUCUCUUUCUGCUUCUGUCCCGUGGUUGUGCUUCUGUUCUCUAUUUCUUGGCCGAGAGUUUGUUUUCUCAGUGAUCCGCAUGCCUGCAUCCAGCACAGCUUCUUUUAGGCCUUUUACUGCUUCGAGGACAGAAGUCGUCCUCUUUUGGUUUCCAUGCCGGUGCCAUAACCCGACACGUCUGUACUUACAUUUAUAACCCCCUAUUUUACCACUCACCAGGCAGACCCUGAAUGUUCUUGUUUUUUCAAUAUUUUUACAGUAUUUUACAGCCGUUUGUCGAUGUUGACCCUUAUCCCACAUGUGUAUGUCAAGUGUAUGAUGAAUAUUGUAAAAGGAAAUAUGUUACCCAUACUCUUUGUAAGCAUCGAGGAUAUGUUGUAUAUAUAAUGCACCAUUAUAUUGUAGGAUAUAUGACGACAAAGUAUAUUUACAAUAUAUUCAACACUUUAUUGUGAAGAAGCAUUAGAGUCCCAAACGCGCUACACAAUAAUUGUGUUCUUUUCUUACAUGGCGGUAAUAAUUCAGCACAAUAUGAGUAUUAUAGUGAAGCCUAUGAACCUAUCAGAGAUUAGUAAGUGAUUUAAAGAUGUUUGUGGAGAAGAGGGAAGUUUUUCCAAAGACGGAGCAUGGUUGGAGAUGAAUAAGCAUGACUUUAAAGGAAUCAGGGUUGAAACUGUGGAGAGAAAUGCAUGAAAAAGAUAAAGAAUUGAGGGUGGAGAACAUGGUUUUGGUAGCCAUACACACCUCAUAGUCGGGCUGGGCGAUAUGAACCAACAAUUAUAGCUUGAUAUUUUUUUAGUGGAAUUGGGAAACAUGAUAUAUAUCCCAUGUAGGAACAAGAAAUAUUUGUCACAGUAUUAGAUUCAGAGAUUUUGUUAUGAUUCUUGUUAAAUCAAACAAUAUUAUAGCCUGUUUGAUUCCACAGCAACAAAGAAAGUCCUAGACACUCAACAUAGGGCAGUUUUUUUGUUUUAUAUGUUCAGAAAUAUGCAGAUAAACACCUACACACUGUCUACCUUGUAAAAUAACAUUAGAAACAUUUUUAGCUAAUUAGGUUGUUGAAGUUUUUUAUUCUCUUAAACACCAUGAAAAUAACUCAAUUUUUUUAACGAUCAGUGGUGAAAAAGUACAGAAACAAAAAGAUAUUUAGUCGUAUUUCUAACCAAAAGAGAAAAACUUUUUUCCAAGUUUUUCUACAUUUUUCCCUUUCCUCCCAUUUUUUCCAGUUUUUAACAGCUUUUCACAAUUUCCCUCCCAUUUUGCCACUUUUGUCCCAUUUUAGCCAUAGUUUUACCCUUCAUGACUGUUUCUGCCCUUUUUUCUAAGGUUUUUUUUUUUGCACACAUUUCUACUUUUAUCCUAGUUUUGCCCAUUUUUAACCUCUUCUUACCAUUUUCCCUCCCAUUUUUGCUCCCUUUUGCCUUUCUUGACCCAUUUUUUCCACUUAUAUCCAAUUUAGCCACUCUUUUACCCCUUCUCAUCACUGUUUCUGGCCAUUUUUUUGAAUUUUUUUUCUAAUUUUAUCUCAUUUUUGCCACUUUUUAAAUGCUUUUCACCAUUUCUCUCCCCAGUAUUUGCCCCUUUUGUCUUUCCUGACCCAUUUCUUCCAUGUUUAUCCUAUUUUAGCCACUCUUUACCCCCUUUUCUGCCCAUUUUUUCCAUAGUUUUCCACUUUCACCCCCAUUUUUUCCUGUUUUUAACCGCUUGUCACCAUUUCCCUCCCUUUUUUUUUUGCACCUUUUUGC